AUGGCCAACGUGUUCGGCACGCCGCGUGCACACCGCGAGCGCAACUCGCCGCGGCUUCACUCUGUGUCACGGCCAUACACCCGCCCAACAGACUCGUCGCCAGUGGCCAACGGAAGCGCACAUCCAGCCUUUGCCACCCGCCGCCAGUCGCCCACGCGCACACGGACGACGCGCGCGGCGACUCUCGCAACGUCGCAGCAGCUGCCAAGGUCGGGCUCGGAGGGCUCCCUCUUCUCGGGCAUCAAGAGCCUCUUCUCCCGCCCCCUCCAGUGGCUUGCGACCCCGACCCGAGUACCGGCAGCACAGGCUACGGGCCGCGCCAAGCGCAACGCGUCACCGUUUGGUGAUGAUCUCGACGACCUCAUCCCGUCGCCGUCCGAGCGCCGCGCCGCCAAGCGUGCCCGCCGAUCCUCCCCCGACCGUGAGCGCAACCCCUACGAGCCAGGUCCGCCACCCACUCGUGACUCGCUCCUCCGCACCGCCCGCUCCUCAGAUGCCUUCGCCCUCCCUAGUCUCCCGCCAAAUGUCAGCCUGACUGCCAGGUCGGGCAGGCCUAGCCUCCCUUCAUCGACGUCGAUGCCCUACCUCGACCCUCCUACAGCGCUCCUGGCGCCGUCUUCUCCGCGUGGAGGCGGCCUGCGGCGCUCCGGCACCAUCUCUGGUGCGGGUGCUCGCAGCGCCGGUGGACCGCUCACGCGCUCGCGCCGCUUGGACCUCGCGUCGCUCGCGUCGCUUGCCGACGAGGAAGAAGAAGAAGCUCAGCACCUUCCUCCACCCCCCGCGCGCGGCAUUGUUCGUUCGAGCACCGUAUCGAACCGCCUUGACACGGAUUACUGGAGCCCGUGGAAGGACCGCACGUACCCGGCGGCAGGGAGAGCGUCAAUCGGUGGCGCUUCUCGCCCCGAUGCGCGUGAUGUGGUGCUCCAGUCCAACUCGCCAUUCCGCGCGCGUGCAUCGCCCGCGCCCGCACCAGCACCGCGCUCGUCGCUCCUUGGCCGCUCGGCAACGAUGACCAGCUUGGCCCGCGAGUCGAGCGUUGGGCCCUCCGAGACUGGUUCCAUUGACCGCGCUUCAUCUCUCCGCGGAAACUCGCUACGCCCUCGCUCGUCCCUGCGGCCCAGCAGCUCAAUGCAGUUUAGCGCCGGUGACCUGCAGGACCUCGACGAGGACGACCGUUCGAGCGUUGGCGAUGGAUGGGGCGCUCCCCGUCGCUCUACCUUGUUACCUCCGUCGACCUCCAGCCGCCGCCUCUCGGCAUUCCCUUCGUUUGGUUCCACCGCCUCGACCUCGACCUUGCCGCCCAUUCGCAAGGGCAACAUGGUCUGGGAUGGCGACCGCGGUUUCGUGCGUGAGAACGAGCUGAACCCCGACGUCCCCAAGCCCGCACUCAAGAACGACGCCGAACGGAUCCUGUUCGCUCUCGAGGCUUCCAGAGGCAACCGUAACGAGCAAUCUGCCAACGGCCUGCCCGCAUCGUUGAUUGGUGCUUCGUCCCGCCAGCUCCGCAAGGCUAUCGCCGUUCCUCUGGUCACUGCCGAGGCGGAGUCCAAGGCCAAGCGCCGUACCGCCGCUUCCAACUGGGUCGUCGACGACAAGUCGUUGAUCUCGCCCUACGGCCGCCGCCGCGCGAUCGACACGGCAGCUCGCGAGCGCCGUCGUGAAGAGCGAAGAGCUGAGCAGGAGGCUGCCGCGUCCGAGGUCAGCGACAUGGAGGUCGACAACGCGUCGCGGCGCAGCUCGCGGCGCAGCAGCAGGUCAACAAGCUAUAUCAGCGACGACGCCAUGUCAGUGUCGUCGGCUGCUUCCUCGACUGCUCCCCGUCGCUCAGCCCGCAACAAGGUCAGGUCGAGGUCGCCAAUUCCCGAGGAGGACGAAGAGAUGACCGAGACCCCCAAGGUUCGCCGUAGCACGCGCACGAAGAAGAACGUCAAGUCGCCUACCCCGGAGCCAACACCGCGAGCCACCCGAAGCACACGCCGGAAGAAGACGUCGCCUCUGCCAGAGCGCAAGCGCACGCCUUCCCCUCCCCCUACCCCAGUUGCCGUCCCGUCGAUCAUCACGCACGCGGCCUCCCCUAGUGCUUCGACAUCCGGGUCCGCGGCACCUAUCGCCUCGUCAUCGGGCUACCAGGUCCGCGACGAUAACGACGGCCCUCGCGCACGCUCCUCCCUUCGCGCUGGUGCGGAGCGCAAGCAUCGCUCCCAUCAGGGUGCGGCAAGCUACAACUCGUCGCGGGCGACGACGCCGGCAGCCACCGGCAGUAGUGGUCGCUUCUCGGCCCGCGAGGAGGACCUGCCCGACAUGGAUGAGCUCGAGGCGGCCGCCAAGAUCCCGCUGUCCUUCUCUGGCAUCUCGAUGCCCCUCUUCGGCAACACCGCGGCGCCCGCCGACAAGCCCAAGGCUCCCGAGCCAGCGCCAUCGACCAACCACACGCCCCUACUGUCUUCGCGUAUCGGUACCCCGGCGCCUGCCCCGUCCCAGCAGUCCGCGAACUCCCUCUCCCUUCCUUCUUCCAACACGAGUCGCUCUAUCAACCGCCUCGGCACUGGCAUCUCCACGCGGCCCCGCGCAUCGUCGCCGCUGGCAAACAACUCGGUUGUUGCAGAGCCCGACUCGCCCCAGAGUCAGAAGGAAGCCUCUGCUAUCUCAAACGCGACACCAAAGGAACCUCCCGCAGAUGCUGGGUUCUUCUCCCUAUCUGCUCACACCCCGGUGGCGUCGUUAACGCCGACCGGCUCGACUACGCCUACUUCGAAGCCACCUGCGUCCUCAUUCUUCGCUGCCCCUACCAGCCCGAAGCUUGCGGCGUCUCUUGGCCUUGGUAAGCCGCCAUCGCCGGACCCCAGCUCCGGGGUCCCCAACUUCUUUGGCCAGUCGGUCUCGGCGGCACCAGCGGCUACCCCGUCCGUGAACGCGGCCCCCAUCGCCUUUGACUUUGGCAUCAAGCCGAAGACCGCCGAGCAGUCCAAGCCAGUUGUCUCAACUUUUACGUUCGGCUCGUCACCCGGCUCCACGCCCGCCCCAGAGGCCAAGUCUGAUGCCCCUGCUCCUUCAGUCUUUGGCCAGCCCGCCGACAAGCCCUCAUUCAGCUUUGGCAACAGCACCCCUGCGGCUGACAAGCCUGCGGAGGCUCCCAAGGCCUCCUUCUCGUUCGGCGCGCCUACCGCGUCGACCGAGGCCAGCAAGCCCGUUGCCGCGCCAAAGGCUCCAUUCAGCUUUGGCGCCCCGUCUGCGACGCCAGCUGUCGAGCCCAAGACAGCAGCGCCAUUCAACUUUGGUGCUCCUGCAGCGGCCAAGCCAGCCGAGUCUGCCAAGCCCGCCGGUUUCAGCUUUGGCACGCCUUCCGCCGCCGCACCUGCAGCCGACAAGCCUACAGAGGCACCCAAGCCUUUCAGUUUUGGCACACCAGCUGCGAAUGCUGACAAGCCUGCGGAGGCUUCCAAGCCAUUCGGCUUUGGUGCCCCGGCUGCGGACAAGCCUGCGCCAUCGUUUGGAGGCUUUGGUACUGCCAACGGCUCGGCUGCCAAGCCUGCAGCACCAGCUCCCUCGGCCUCGUCGUUUGGCACUGGCACUGGCUUUGGGUUCGGCAAGGCCAAGUCUCCCGAGAAAGAGAGCUCCCCCGCGCCGUCGACUGGCUUUGGCUUUGGCUCAGCGGCUCCUGCUGACAAGUCUGCCUUCUCCUUUGGCAACAGCAGCGCUACAACCGCGCCAGUUGCUCCGGCAUCAACUGGCUUUGGCUUCGGUGCCCAGGGCUCCUCCACUCCGGCGGCCGCCCCGUCCACUGGCUUUGGCUCUGGCACAGGGUUCUCGUUUGGUGGAAGCUCCGCGGCGCCGGCCUCCACUGGCUUUGGCUCCACACCUGCGGCACCUGCUGCGGCCCCCGCCUCCUCUGGCUUCUCGUUCGGAGCCUCAAACAACGCAUCGUCGGGCUUUGGCUCCACCGCUCCGGCUUCGACGCCAGCGAGCACCGGCAACGGCUUCGGCACCGGUUCUGGGUUUGGCACGGGCUCUGGCUUUGGCGGUGGCGCGAACGGCGCGGCGUUCGGCUCAGCCACCGCGCCUCCUUCUGCCGCUCCGUUCGCCUUCGGUAGUAGCGCACCGUCGCCCGCACCAGGCGCGUCUCCUGCCACCCCGACUGGCCCUUCGUUUGCCUUUGGCGCGCCGAACAACGCGACCAGCACACCGGCUGCUCCAGCCGCCGCUCCAUUUUCGUUUGGGUCGAGCACUCCGGCAGCCGCGCCGGCUUCCCAGCCGUUCCAGUUUGGCGCUGCGCCGACGACACCAACGUCGGCGCCUGUCCGCUUUGGUUCGCCGGCGCCUGCCGCGGCCGACGGUAACGGUUUCAGCAUGGGCCUUGGCGCAGACAAUGCGCCGGGUUCCCCUGGCGGGCGCAAGAUCAAGCCUCUGCGUCGCGGCGCCGUCAAGCGCUAAGGUGUCGAGGCAAGAUCAUAACAUCCACACUCAUCCCUGUUUCGUUCUGCAUUUUCCACGGGCUCCAACACAUACUUCAUUGUCGUCGUCCCUCCGCACCGCCAGACUCUCUCACACCGUAGCAUUUAGUAGAUUGCCGUGAUCGUGUCCAUGCAUGCAUGCCGCGGG